CCGAGGGGGCGGGCCGAGCCGCGGCUGUUGCGACCCAGAGCUCAGCUGCGGCCCCGCGGCGCUCUGCGUGGCUGCUGAAGGGGCGGCGGCGGCGGCCAGCUCUGUGCACACCCGAGUGGGGCUCGCUCGCCCGCCGCGCACGCCCCGUCGAUCCCCUGAGCUCUCGGGAGGUGACUCGAACGGGCCGGGCCCGGCGGCGUUGCCUGUCGGGAGGGCGGGGAUGAGGCGAUGAGGAGACGAGCUGCCGCCGCCGCUCUCAGCCCGCCGCGGCAGUAGCGGGAGUCAGGGCGGAGGCGAAGCCAGCUGUACCCUCGCUGGGCUGCGAACUCAAACAAAGGAGGAGCCACCGGAGAAGCGGGCCAGCGCCGCGAGAAAGGAGGUCGCUGCCUGGGGUGGCCAGAGUUCGCGGCCACCGCGCUUCUUUAGUGGGCGCUGCGCGAGGCGAGGGCCAGCCGGGCCGAGGAAGCCGUCCCCGGGGCCGCCGCCCGCCCGCCGGCGCCGCCCCCGAGCCGCCUCGGCCGUAGUCGCGGCCCGGGCGGGAGGCGGCGGCCGCCGGCGAGGCGAGGCGGCCCGCGCUCUGCCUGUCAGGCCACCCGCGCGGCCCGGGUCGGCCCGCGGGCCGCCCCCGAUGCGGAGGCUCUGCCGCCGGGGCCAUGCAGCAGGCGCCGCAGCCAUACGAGUUCUUCAGCGAAGAGAACAGUCCGAAAUGGCGGGGACUGCUGGUCUCGGCCCUGCGGAAGGUUCAGGAACAAGUUCAUCCCAAUCUCUCAGCUAAUGAAGAGUCUCUUUAUUAUAUCGAGGAAUUGAUUUUUCAGCUGCUUAAUAAAUUAUGCAUGGCCCAACCAAGGACUGUUCAAGAUGUUGAGGAACGAGUUCAAAAGACCUUUCCUCAUCCAAUUGACAAAUGGGCUAUUGCUGACGCACAAUCUGCCAUAGAGAAACGAAAACGAAGAAAUCCUCUUUUGCUACCUGUGGACAAAAUUCAUCCUUCAUUGAAGGAAGUUUUGGGGUAUAAAGUGGACUACCAUGUGUCCCUGUAUAUUGUUGCUGUACUAGAGUAUAUAUCAGCAGAUAUUUUGAAAUUGGCUGGUAAUUAUGUUUUUAAUAUCCGACAUUACGAAAUAUCUCAACAGGAUAUUAAAGUGUCAAUGUGUGCAGAUAAGGUUUUGAUGGAUAUGUUUGAUCAGGAUGACAUAGGUUUGGUUUCUCUCUGUGAAGAUGAACCUAGUUCUUCAGGUGAAUUAAACUACUAUGACCUUGUCAGAACUGAAAUUGCAGAAGAAAGACAGUAUCUGCGGGAACUAAAUAUGAUUAUAAAAGUGUUUCGAGAAGCCUUUCUUUCUGACAGAAAGUUAUUUAAACCUUUGGAUAUUGAAAAGAUUUUCAGUAACAUUUCAGAUAUACACGAAUUGACUGUGAAACUUCUAGGUUUGAUUGAAGACACAGUUGAAAUGACAGAUGAAAGCAGUCCUCAUCCCUUAGCUGGCAGCUGUUUUGAAGAUUUGGCAGAAGAGCAAGCAUUUGAUCCUUAUGAAACAUUAUCACAGGAUAUUCUUUCACCAGAGUUUAAUGAACAUUUCAGUAAGUUGAUGGCCAGGCCUGCAGUUGCUCUACACUUCCAGUCCAUUGCUGAUGGUUUUAAGGAAGCAGUUCGUUAUGUUCUUCCUCGCCUUAUGCUGGUGCCAGUGUAUCAUUGUUGGCAUUAUUUUGAAUUAUUAAAGCAAUUGAAAGCAUGCAGUGAAGAGCAAGAAGAUAGAGAAUGUUUGAACCAAGCUAUUACUGCUCUCAUGAAUCUUCAAGGUAGUAUGGACCGAAUUUACAAGCAGUAUUCACCUAGACGCCGACCUGGGGAUCCUGUUUGCCCUUUUUAUAAUCGUCAAUUAAGAAGCAAGCACCUGGCCAUUAAAAAAAUGAAUGAAAUUCAGAAAAACAUAGAUGGAUGGGAAGGCAAAGAUAUUGGACAGUGCUGCAAUGAAUUCAUAAUGGAAGGACCAUUGACAAGAAUUGGUGCUAAACAUGAACGACAUAUUUUUCUGUUUGAUGGCUUAAUGAUCAGCUGUAAACCUAAUCAUGGCCAGACCCGGCUUCCAGGUUACAGUAGUGCAGAAUAUAGAUUAAAAGAGAAGUUUGUCAUGAGGAAAGUACAAAUCUGUGAUAAAGAAGAUACUUGUGAGUGCAGACAUGCUUUUGAAUUAGUAUCCAAAGAUGAAAAUAGCAUAAUAUUUGCUGCUAAGUCUGCAGAAGAGAAAAAUAAUUGGAUGGCAGCCCUUAUUUCUCUUCAUUAUCGUAGUACUCUAGAUCGAAUGCUAGAUUCUGUAUUAUUGAAAGAAGAAAAUGAGCAGCCACUGAGAUUGCCAAGUCCAGAAGUAUAUCGUUUUGUGGUAAAAGACUCUGAGGAAAACAUUGUUUUUGAAGACAACUUGCAAAGUAGAAGUGGAAUCCCAAUUAUUAAAGGAGGAACUGUGGUGAAAUUAAUCGAAAGGUUAACAUAUCAUAUGUAUGCAGAUCCCAAUUUUGUUCGCACUUUUCUUACUACAUAUCGUUCAUUUUGUAAACCACAGGAAUUGCUAAGCUUACUGAUUGAACGAUUUGAAAUUCCAGAACCAGAACCUACUGAAGCAGACAAAUUGGCAAUAGAGAAAGGCGAGCAGCCAAUCAGUGCAGACCUUAAAAGAUUCCGGAAGGAAUAUGUCCAACCAGUACAACUUAGGAUCUUAAAUGUAUUUCGCCACUGGGUUGAACACCAUUUUUAUGACUUUGAGAGAGAUGUGGAAUUGCUUAAAAGACUGGAAUCCUUCAUUUCAAGUGUAAGAGGGAAAGCUAUGAAGAAAUGGGUAGAGUCAAUUGCUAAGAUCAUCAAGAGGAAGAAGCAAGCUCAGGCAAAUGGAAUAAGCCAUAAUAUUACCUUUGAAAGUCCACCUCCACCAAUUGAAUGGCAUAUCAGUAAACCAGGACAGUUUGAAACAUUUGAUCUUAUGACCCUUCAUCCAAUAGAAAUUGCACGUCAGCUAACACUUUUGGAAUCUGAUCUCUACAGGAAAGUCCAACCUUCUGAACUUGUAGGGAGUGUGUGGACCAAAGAAGAUAAAGAGAUAAAUUCUCCAAAUUUAUUAAAAAUGAUUCGUCAUACUACAAAUCUCACCUUGUGGUUUGAAAAAUGCAUUGUGGAAGCAGAAAAUUUUGAAGAACGAGUGGCAAUACUAAGUAGAAUUAUAGAAAUUCUGCAAGUUUUUCAAGAUUUGAAUAAUUUCAAUGGCGUAUUGGAGAUAGUCAGUGCAGUAAAUUCAGUGUCAGUAUACAGACUAGACCAUACCUUUGAGGCAUUACAGGAAAGAAAACGGAGAAUUUUGGAUGAAGCUGUGGAAUUAAGUCAAGAUCACUUUAAAAAAUACCUAGUAAAACUAAAGUCAAUCAAUCCACCUUGUGUGCCUUUUUUUGGAAUAUAUUUAACAAAUAUUCUGAAGACUGAAGAAGGGAAUAAUGAUUUUUUAAAAAAGAAAGGGAAAGAUUUAAUCAAUUUCAGUAAGAGAAGGAAAGUGGCUGAAAUUACUGGAGAAAUUCAGCAGUAUCAGAAUCAGCCUUACUGUUUACGGAUAGAACCAGAAAUGAGGAGAUUCUUUGAAAACCUUAAUCCCAUGGGAAGUGCAUCUGAAAAAGAGUUUACAGAUUAUUUGUUCAACAAGUCACUAGAAAUUGAACCCCGAAACUGCAAACAGCCUCCUCGAUUUCCUAGGAAAUCAACCUACUCCUUAAAAUCUCCUGGAAUAAGGCCUAAUUCAGGCCGGCAUGGCUCUACCUCAGGCACUUUACGAGGUCAUCCAACACCAUUAGAAAGAGAACCUUAUAAGAUAAGCUUUAGUCGAGUUGCUGAAACUGAGCUUGAAUCAACUGUGUCAGCACCAACCUCUCCAAAUACACCAUCUACUCCACCAGUGUCUGCUUCUUCUGAACAUAGUGUGUUUUUAGAUAUGGAUCUCAAUAGUUCCUGUGGUAGCAAUAGCAUCUUUGCUCCAGUACUCUUGCCACAUUCAAAGUCUGUCUUCAGUUCGUGUGGUAAUUUACAUAAACCAAGUGAAGAGCCACUGAUUCCACCUCCCCUUCCUCCUCGAAAAAAGUUUGAUCAAGAUGCUUCAAAUUCAAAGGGAACUAUGAAAUCUGAUGAUGACCCUCCAGCUAUUCCACCAAGACAGCCUCCUCCCCCAAAGGUGAAACCCAGAGUUCCUGUUCCUACCUGUGCAUUUGAUGGACCUCUGCAUAGUCCACCUCCACCACCGCCAAGAGAUCCUCUUCCUGAUACCCCUCCACCGGUUCCCCUUCGACCUCCAGAACACUUUAUAAACUGUCCAUUUAAUCUUCAACCACCUCCGCUGGGACAUCUUCACAGAGAUCCAGAGUGUUUCAGAGACAUUAAUACAUGUCCAAAUUCGCCAAGCACUCCUCCUAGCACACCUUCUCCGAGGGUACCACGUCGAUGUUAUCACAACAGUCUUGCUCAUCCUCAAGCUCCCCCUGUUCCACCAAGGCAGAAUUCAAGCCCUCACCUACCAAAACUGCCACCAAAGACUUAUAAGCGGGAGUUUUCACAUCCCCCAUUGUACAGACUGUCUAUGCUAGAAAAUGCAGAAACUCCUCAAUGACCUUAGCCAUAUGUAGUCAUUGACACUGGAAUAGUAUUUGUAAAGGUUUUU